UAAGGCUUCCAUGCAAAAUCAUACAAGUUUUAUCUAAGACACUUGGUUUAAUGAGAAACAUGAAAGCUUCAUAUGCUCUCUGCAUACUCUCCUUACUUCUCUUGUUUGCCAGCUCUAUUGAUGGAAGGAAAGAUAUGGGAGAAUACUGGAGAGAUGUCAUGAAAGAUCAAGGAAACAUCAAGCAGAAGGGAGAGAAGUCUUUUGUCAGUGACUUCGAGCCACCGCAAGAUGUUACAAUUUACCACAAAGAUAUCAAACUAACGGGGGAGAAAUCCUUUGUUAAGGACUUUGAACCAAGACCUGAUGUCACAAUUUAUCACAACGAUAUCAAACCAGCAGAAGAAAAAUCCUUUUUUAAGGAUUUUUAGCCGAGUGAUGUCACAAUUUAUGUCAACGAUGUCAAAUCAACCCAAGACAAAUCCUUUUCUAAGGAUUUUGAGCCGAGACCCGAUGUCACCAUUUACCACAACAUUAUCAAACCAACCCAAGACAAAUCCUUUUCCAAGGAUUUUGAACCGAGACCCGAUGUCACCAUUUACCCCAACGAUAUCAAGCCAACCCAGGAGAAACCCCUUUUUAAGGAUUUUGAGCCAAGACCUGAUAUCACAAUUUACCACAACGAUAUUAAACCAACCCACGACAAGUCCUUUUUAAAAUAUUUCGAGUCGAGACCCGAUGUCACCAUUUACCGCAAUGAUAUCAAGCCAACCCGAGACAAAUCCUUUUUUGAGGAUUUUGAGCCGAGCCCUGAUGUCACAAUUUAUCACAAUGAUAUCAAACCUACUGAACAGAAAUCUCUUUUGAAGGAUUUCGAACCUAGACCCGAUGUUACAAUUUAUCAUAAUAAUGUUAAACCAACCACAAAUAAACUCUUUGUCAAGGACUUCGAACCAAGACCUGAUGUUACAAUUUACCUUGAUGACGUUAAACCAAACAGAAAGAAAUCCUUGGCUAUGGAUGUUUAGUCGAGUCCUAACGUUAAACCAACCAGGUCGACCGCCUUACCAUAUCUAAUGCUCAGAAUUCUAGAAGACCAGAUCAGUUACGUUUUCUGGCGUUUGUAAUAAUCGAGCAUGUAGUGUGUUGUUUGUGGGAGCUAGCAGGGGCUCAGCGUGUAUAAAUUAGCUAUGUAAGAAUAAUGUGGCUCACUUUGCUGUAUUCUAUAAGAAAUGCAGGAAGUUACCAUGUGAGCAUUGUAAGAUAUGAUCAUGAAAUAAAGUCCUGCCAAGUUAAUUCUUCUUUGAAUUC